UGAUAUUUGUUAAUAUAUUCAGAGUGAUAAAAAUACAGAAAAAUUUUUUUUACAGUGUGUCAAAAAUUAUGAAACAAUAAUUUGUAAAUAUAUUUAAUUUUAAAUACAAUUUAACAUUGUAAGAAUACAAACAUGGAGCAAAUUUUGUGUGGAAGAUUUGGGCGCAAUAUUUUAUUGAGAUCAAAAUCUUCACGUAGAACAGUAUCAAUGAUAAAUUCAAAAAGUUUAAUGACAGGAAGACUUACAAGGCCCUUACUUUCUUCUCCUCAUCCUCGUUAUUUUUUGAAUCCUCAUCGUGCAUAUGGAAUGAUUUUCACUAGAGUAUUGAGAGGAGCUUUAAAGCUUCGCUAUAUUCUUUUAGGUGGAGCAAUAGGUGGAGGUGUCACUGUGCAGAAGAAAUAUGAAGAAUGGAAAGAAGCCUUACCCGAUAUGAGUUGGAUUCAAAAAUUACUACCAAAAGAACAAGAAUGGCAAGACGCGGCUCAAACUCUAAUUCAAUACAAAGACAAAAUGUUGGGGAAUAUGAAUAUAGAUCCACGAUUGAAGGAGCUUGGGGAGGCAAAAUAUCGAGAAUAUAAGAUGUGGUUUGACCAGAGAUUGGAUAAUGCCAUUAAAGCGGCCGAAAGCCGCAAAAGUAUUGAACAAAAUGGCAAUUCUUCAAAUCGUAUGUUUGACGUGAUCUCGACUGUAGCAAACCAAGUUUACUCAGCAGAUACAAAGGAUGAAUUUCUAAAGAAUUCGGUAGUUCAAGCUCGACCGUUAUUAAAUGAUAGUGUUCAAGAAGAACGUCGAAAAGCUCAAUCUUCACAGCAAAGAAUGGAUGCGAUGCAAAAUGAAUUAAUACAAAUUCAAUUAAAAUAUCAACGAGAAUUGGAACGAUUGGAGAAAGAAAAUAAAGAACUUCGCAAGCAAAUGUUAUUGCGCGGAAAUCAAAAACUAAGCAAUCGUAAAAUCAAAAAGUCUCUCAUUGACAUGUACAGCGAUGUGCUUGAUGAACUUACUGAAUACGAUAGUACAUAUUCGACAGCUGAUCAUUUACCUCGUGUUGUUGUUGUUGGAGAUCAAUCAUCGGGAAAAACUUCUGUUCUUGAAAUGAUUGCACAGGCGAGAAUUUUCCCGAGAGGUGGCGGAGAAAUGAUGACAAGAUCACCGGUAAAAGUAACUUUGAGUGAAGGACCAUAUCAUAUUGCACAAUUCAAAGAUAGUUCCCGGGAAUUUGAUUUGUCAAAGGAAUCAGAAUUGGCCGAAUUAAGAAGAGAAGUGGAACUUCGUAUGAAAAAUAGUGUUAAAAAUGGAAAAACAGUUAGUCAAGAUGUUAUUGCAAUGACUGUAAAAGGUCCCGGUCUCCCUCGUAUGGUCCUCGUUGAUUUACCUGGAAUUAUUAGCACAGUGACAGUCGAUAUGGCGGAAGAUACUCGAGAUGCGAUUCGUCACAUGACUCAACAAUACAUGAGUAAUCCAAAUGCAAUUAUUCUUUGCAUUCAAGAUGGUUCUGUGGAUGCUGAGAGGAGUAAUGUCACUGAUUUAGUCGCACAAAUGGAUCCCUCUGGCAAGAGAACAAUUUUUGUGCUGACAAAAGUUGAUAUGGCAGAGGAGAAUUUAGCUAAUCCGGAUCGUUUAAGGAAAAUACUUUCAGGAAAAUUGUUUCCAAUGAAGGCGUUAGGUUAUUUUGCUGUUGUUACAGGACGAGGACGACAGGAGGACAGUAUACAGACAAUAAAAGAUUAUGAAGAAAAUUUCUUUAGAAAUUCAAAGCUAUUUAAAGAUGGUUUAGCAAUGUCUAGUCAAGUGACGACGAGAAACUUAAGUAUGGCUGUGUCUGAAUGUUUUUGGAAAAUGGUUCGUGAGACUGUGGAACAACAAGCGGAUGCCUUUAAAGCCACAAGGUUUAAUCUUGAAACUGAGUGGAAAAAUAAUUUCCCAAGAUUGCGUGAGCUUGAUCGUGAUGAACUUUUUGAAAAGGCCCGAGGGGAAAUUCUAGAUGAAAUUGUGAAUUUAUCGCAAGUUUCGCCACGACAUUGGGAAGAAGUGUUGAUGGCGAGAAUUUGGAAUAAAGUUAGCAUGCAUGUGUUUGAAAAUAUUUACUUACCCGCCGCUCAGAGCGGAAAUCCAAGUACAUUUAACACAACAGUGGAUAUAAAAUUGAAACACUGGGCAGAGCAACAAUUACCAGCAAAAAGUGUUGAAGGCGGUUGGGAAUGUUUAAAACAAGAAUUCGAAAAAUUCAUGUCACAAGCGCGUUUGAAUCCUGAUCAUGAUGAUAUUUUCGAUAGUUUAAAAAAUGCAGUUGUUGACGAAGCAAUGACAAGACACACAUGGGAGGAUAAGGCGUCCGAUAUGUUGCGUGUAAUUCAAUUGAAUACUCUGGAAGAUAGGAAUGUUAGCGAUAAACGAGAUUGGGAUCAAGCAGUUCGCUUUUUGGAAAAUUCAGUGAAGGAGAAAUUGCAAAAUACUGAGCAAAUAUUGCAUGAAAUGUUGGGUCCAACUCGAAAAGAACGUUGGCUUUAUUGGGAAUAUCAAAAUGAGGAGCAACAGAAAAGAACAUCAGUCAAAAAUGAACUUGAUAAAAUUCUUUACGCCGACAAGAAACACGCGCCAACUUUGACACAGGACGAAUUAACGGCAGUCAGAAAAAAUUUACAGCGAAACGGUUUAGAAGUUGAUAAUGAAUUUAUUCGCGAAACGUGGCAUCCAGUUUAUAGAAGAUUCUUUUUACAACAAAGUUUAUCGAGGGCCUACGACUGUAGAAAAGGAUAUUAUCUUUAUCAUACUGGGCACGAUCAAGAGAUGGAAUGCAAUGAUGUUGUACUUUUCUGGCGAAUACAACAAGUUCUAAAAGUGACAGCAAAUGCAGUAAGGCAACAAAUUAUGAAUCGAGAAGCGCGAAGACUAGAUAAAGAGAUUAAAGAAGUACUGGAAGAUUAUAGUCAGGACAAUGAAAUAAAACAAAAACUUUUAACCGGUCGAAGAGUAACGCUCGCUGAAGAACUCAAACGAGUAAGACAGAUUCAAGAGAAAUUAGAAGAAUUUAUACAAGCUCUCAAUAAAGAGAAGUGAAUAUAGAUGGAAGAAUUUCAAUCAGGCCAAAGUCGUAAAUGAAAAAAAAAGCGCGUGGUUAACCCCAGAGAUGAACUGUUAACUCGCGAGUGUGUGAAUUAAUUAUUUUCAUGAAUUGCAACUGUAUGAGGUGCACUCCACGACAUCAAUUUUGGACUAGUGAUUUAUUUCAAGUACAAGAUAUAUCAUAAUUUCAUUAUCGACCGAGUACCACGAAACAAUGGAAACAAGUUUUUCAAAUUUUCAUAAAGGACACAAUUAUUUUGUUUUCGAAAUUUUAAGAGACUGAACUUCAAAAAUUUAUAUCGAUUUUUACAUUUUACAAUUAAAUAUUAUUCUUUUUAUAAUUAUUUUAAUGAUUCUUAUAUAUAUUUUUAAAGUCAUUAAUAGUAAUUAAUUUUUUAUUUUAAAGUCAGUCUAAUGUGAAUUAGCAUUUUUUGAAUUACUUAGAAAAAAUUACAAAAUUAAGGUGUCCUAUUAUGAAAAUGUAAACUUGUACUUCUUUUACAUAAACUAAGUUGUAUCGAUUUUAUCCUUCUGCCAAAGUAUUUUUUUCUUAUUCAGAACAUUGAGAUUUAUCAUUUAAAAUUAAAAAAAAAAGUGUAGAAAUUUUACUAAUAUGAAAAAAGAAGCGAUAAUAAAAUCGAUAGAAUCUAGUGAAUGUAAUUGGAAAAGUCACUUGAAAAAAAAAAAAAUUGUCAUUUCGUCUGAUCUGAUCUGAGUGGGUGUAAGACGAGGGACAUUCGUAUUGUGGCAAUGAGUGUUUCGUUUCGUGAUCGUAUUCCAAUGCUAGUGAAAAACACGCGAUGUAUAUAUACACUGUUAUGAUCCCUAUGUGAUUAAAGUCUUUUAACUUUAA